AUGGAAGACAUAGUUAUUAAUUCACCCUUGUCACGCGAUAUAGCUACUGCUGAAGCCGGUUACCUGGUUUCAAGAGAGCAGGGCACUCGUAGAGGUUCUCAUUACUAUCAUGCCAACAAUGGUUAUUAUUAUCAUAAGUAUCGUCAACUGAGUGAUACAAUUUAUUUGCGAUGCACCAACGUCUCUUGUCCCUCUCGGGGUCUUUUAAAAUUGGGAUCCUUUCAUGAAAGCUCCUCACAUUCAGGCCAUGAGCCUGAUCAUCUGAAAGCUGAAGUCCUUCGUGAACGUUCCAGACUUCUUGGUCAAGCAAGCUCAUUGACCUUUGCUACAGUUGAAGAUGUUUUAAAUGAUGAAAGUAACAUCAAUCGGAGAUAUUCAGACCGCCUAACACCCAAGGUUCUGCUACCCGCCAUGCGAACUGCACGAAUCAAUGCAUACCCUGAGGAACCAAAAACUCUGUCUGAGCUUCAAAUUAUAUUAGAAUGUGAAAACAACAAGUCUCUCACUGCUGUGUCUCAGUUCAGAGACAAUAUUUAUGGAGGAUCGGCCAGGGGAGAAGAUGGUUCAAAGUCUAUUUUAUUUAUAACAAAGCGCUGUGUGGAUUUCAUUAAAACAGCUCCAUUUAUUUAUGCCUUCUCCUUUCCACUGAACCAGUCCUUGGUAAGCUGCUCAGUAUAGUAAAUAAUAUUUGCAUUAAAGCUGUUUGUAAGUGAAAAAUAUAACAAUAAUUAUGUUGCUACUUCAGCAGGUUCACA